AUGGCGUCGAGAGACGCGGCGGACAGCCCCAGAUCCGCGCCGCGUCGCCCUGGGGCGGCGGCAGCGGCUCCCAAGGACGGCGCCGGCCUGCUCAGCCCACGGUUCCGGUCGGCCGCCGCGAUGGCCGGGUGGGACGAGGAGUCCGUCCUCCUCGCGGCGCUCGUCGUCGAGGACACCCCCGUCCGCGAGUCCCGCCGAAAGAGGCGGGCCUCCACCUCCUCCUCCGCCGGCGGCAGCGCCGGAUCCAGCACCAGGAAGAGGAGGUCCCGUAGGCAUUCGCCGAGCAGGAUCCCGGCGGUUGUUCUCGCGCUCGACGACGACGACGACGAUAAGCCGGGCGCUGCGGCAGAUGGCAAGUCGGAAGUGAAGGAUGCAAAGGAAGAGGAAAAGAAGGCUGUCGUUGUGGGUGAGAAGGAGGCGUCCGGAUCCGGCGAGAAGGCAGCGGCGACGGACAACCUGCCGUGUAUGGAUCGGCUCCGGGAGGAGCUCUCUUGCGCGAUUUGCCUGGAGAUCUGCUUCGAGCCCAGCACCACGCCUUGUGGUCACAGCUUCUGCAUGAAAUGCUUAAAACAUGCUGCAGCCAAGUGUGGAAAACGGUGUCCUAAAUGCAGGCAAUUAAUCAGCAAUUCAAGAUCUUGCACCAUCAAUACUGUACUCUGGAACACGAUUCAGCUCUUGUUUCCUAGUGAAAUUGAGACAAGAAGGACUUCGAUUGCAUCACCUUCAUCAUGCAACGAGGAUGUGAACCAUAGCCCACCAGGAAGUAAUAAUUUUUCACAAGGUGGCCAUGGCAUGAGAACAAGGAGCAGCAGUGGUAGCUUCAUCACAGAAGGCAGAACAAGAAGCAGCUACAGGACCUUCAUCACACCUGCGAGCACAACAAACAGUAACACCAGUGGGAAUUUCAUCAGCACACAUGGCAGCACAACAAGCAGUCACAGCAGGACAGCCUUCGUCCCAGCUUCACGACUGGUCAAUACAAGGACUUUUGUAAGAUCAGAUCAAUCUGAAGAUGCUGCAUUGGCUUACAGGUUGCAGCAGGAGGAGUUCAUGAAUGCCUUUGAGGAGCCUGAGCAGGAGAGGCAGCCACAGAACACCGUGUCCACAGCACGAGAUAAUUUGAGAGCAAUGGCCUCUCGGGCAAUUCGCCUUCGUGCUCGAGGCUGGCCAGUUUAGUGUUCUUUUGUUUGCUGCUUGUCUUUGGUUUAUUGAUAGCUCUCCCUUCUUCUAGUUUACUUUGCAGGAAUCUCUUGUUUGUUAUUGUAUUGUAAUAUUGAGUGGCAUGAUCAAAUUGCCACUUAAUAAUGAUUGUCCAUUGUAUUGUGGGUGGCAAUAAUUCAUUGGCGCUCGAAAUA